AUGGCAGCCCGGGAUGAACUACCCUCAAAUCAGACCGGCAUCAUUCAACAUGAAGGCGGUAUUCUUCAAAUCACUCAUGGUCUGCCUAUCCCAGAACUCGAGCCCCAUCAAAUGUUGGUGAAGACUGCUGCGGUGGCUCUUAACCCCUGUGAUUAUAAAAUGCCAUUGAGGUUCCCAACUCCAGGUCUCCGAGACGGGUGUGACUUUUCAGGCACAGUGGUUGCGCUAGGAAGCGAGGUUGCUGCACAGGGACGAUUCCGUCUCGGGGAUCAGGCUUUUGGUGCUGUUCAAGGCUCAAACAUGUCGGAUCCAAUGUCUGGAGCCUAUUGUGACUAUAUUCGAACCGAGCCGGAUCUUAUUUUCCAUGUUCCUAAAGGGAUGGAUCUUCUCAAUGCACCCUCCCUUUCAGGGACCGCAAUUGCGACUCUUGGGGUUGCUCUUUUUUGGUCGCUUCGAUUGCCCGGAGAAUUGCACACACCAACAUCCAAGCCCGAGGACGUUCUGGUAUACGGUGGAAGUAGCACUAUAGGGCUACUUGCAAUCCAGAUGGUGAAGCUCUGCGGCCACCGGGUAAUCACCACAUGCUCUCCUCACAACCGCGACUUGGUGAAAUCAUACGGGGCUGAUCUUGUCUUUGAUUACAACUCUCCAAAAUGCGCUGAAGAUAUUCGAGCGGCCACAAAAAACACUUUGCGCUACGCCCUUGAUCCCUUUGCGGAAGCCAAGACUCUGCGGAUGUGCUAUGCAGCCAUUGGCCGUACUGGAGGAAGGUACUGUGCACUUGAGCAAUACCAAGAAAGUCUUUGUUCACGAAAGACAAUCAAGCACGAACUAGUCAUGGGGGGUGCCAUCUCUGGACGAGGUGUUGAGCUCCCAGACCCAUACGGCAUUCCACCACGACCCGAGAUUGGGGUCUGGGCUCGGUCAUGGUAUGCAGAACUCCAAAAACUGAUCAACAAUGGGGAUCUUAAAGCGUGUCCAUUUCAAACCAUCUCGGGCAAAUUUGAAGGGAUUUUGGAGGGGCUGAAUAUGCUACGAAAUGGAAAGGUUUCCGGGAAGAAGCUCGUCGUCCCUAUGACCACAAGAUGA